GGACCCAAUGUCCUUGAAAUAGAGAUUACUUCUGAAUCUGAAAUUAGUCGAAUGCGAGUCGAAAGAAGUGUUGUUUACUUGCCAAUGAAAUUUGAGUAUUGUUGAAUAACAGUCGUUCGGUAACAGUAAAGUGCAUUUAACAGUGUGAAAAUGGGUGGUGGAUGUUAUUCUUGCACGGCAUGGCUGUUUGUUUUCCUCAACUUUAUAUUUUUGAUAUUUGGUGUUGCUGGAAUAGCUGGUUCUAUUUACAUGCUGGUUGACCCCACAUUCACGUUCCAACUUACUCAAAACCCCGGAGAUGCAACUAUUUCACUAAUUAUUUUAUUAGUAGCUUCAAUAAUUCUGUUCCUCGCCGGAGUAAUUGGAAUCUGGGCCACCCUAGCUGAAAGGCGAUGGGGAGUUGUUAUGUGCUUCUGUUUACUUCUCAUUAUCGUCGUGGCGGAGAUUGCUACCGGAGUUUGGGGAUAUAUCCAUCGCAACGAUUUAGAAACUCAGAUUCGUAUAAACGUACAGGAGACCGUCAAACGCGAUUAUCGUUCCAACAACGACAUCAAGGCUCUCUUUGAUACUUUCCAAGAAAAGUUGGAAUGUUGCGGUGCUGAUAAACCCAACGACUGGAUGAACACCGGCGAGAUAAAUCUGGGUAUAUCUAACCCAACUAGCACCUACUCUAUUCCCGAAAGUUGCUGUCGCAAAGGCAUCAGCGAUGAACGUUGCCGACUCGCCACUCAGAACUUAAAAAUAGGCAGCCCCAUCGAUUCCGACACCAUCUAUGACAAGGGUUGUUUCACGCUCAUCGUCGAAUGUCUCUACGAACACAUGAACAUAAUUGUUGCGGUGGGUGGAGCCGUACUUAUUGUCGAACUACUUGGGUUGAUAUUGGCUUUGUGCAUUGCGUUCUCGAUGAAUCGUACCAACCGUUAUAAGGCCUAAGAUUAAGGAGGAACAGAUUUAUUUUCAAGAGUUUGUAUAUUUGUUUUGGCUUCAACGUAAAAUUCGUUGAUUAUAUGUUGACAUUUUUGGACUUCAACUUUCUAAGCUCUCUACAUUCAAGAAUUGAAAUUUAUAAAAUUAAAUUUUAUAUUCGACGAUUGUCCCACUCAGAUUACUUUAAUAUUAUAUUUUCUGAGAAAAAUAUACCAAAAUAUAUAUUCUAUAUUAAAAUAAAUUAUAAAUUUACCUUUGGAAUGUGUACAAAUUUUAUUGUGCCAUAUAUAUUUUGCGCAUUUACUGUGGUAUUGUGCAUAGUUGUAGAUAUUCUCAAUUAAGUCGAAUCGCAUCACAUUUGGGUUAUUUGAUAUUAAAGUUUUACUGGCACAAAACUUUCAAUUUAAAUCUACAUCAAUAAUUAACAAAAUGUGGAAAAGUUCGGACCUAUAAACAAGUCGUUUUGUUUUUUAUUGACGGUAGAAAAAAAUAUAUGCAGGGUGUACUUACAGACUGGAAUAUUUCUCAUAAAAUAUGUAUCAUUGUUGACUUGAAUAUGUAUCUUGUGUCCAUUGUUUAAAUAUAACAAAAAAACACCCUGUUAUUCGUCAACGUUGUUUAGGUAAUUAUUAUAUUAUUUAUACCUAAUCAAAUCUAACCAUAACUAUUGACUGAUAUUUAUUUAACAUUUAGAUUCUCUAAUUUAAGAUAAUUAACAUAUGUUGGCUGCCAUUAAUAUAUUCUAGAGAUUCAAAAUAUUACAUCUAGCCUGAUUUAAUUGCUCCUGGUGUAACAUUCCAUCUUAUGGAAAAAAUGCACAAUCAUUGAUUGCAACUAUAUAGUGGGAAAUUGAUGUUCUAGAGUAACUAAUUUAAGUGCAUGCAGUUUAAUAUAUUUCCCUGUAGUAUAUUAUCAGUGUAACCAAAAAUAAUGUAAAAUUUCUAAAUUUUUAAAAGUAAAUUAAUUCUUUCUUCUCUUAUAAUACGUUUGUCUUUAAGGUGUGUAUUAUUUUACAUGAAAAUUAUAUAUGUGGGGUAAAAUAUGGCUGCAAAAUUUAGAAAUUUUACUCUCCUUUAGAUUUGUUCAGGGGCACUCACAAAUUCUUGUUACACCAUGUUGUACCAUAUAAGUAGAUGUUGCAUAUCGGAAAUCUCACUGUAUCUAGUUUAUAACAAAUUCUGUUUGAGACUGUAGUUGUGCCAAUAUACAAUCAUUUUAGUAUAUUGUCAUAAGUAAUUUGUAGUAUUAAAUAUUUACAUUUCACUAUAUAUUCUAUGAGAUGUCUUUAUAACUUAGAUGAUUUAUUGUCUCUAAGUAAAAUACAAAUAAAGUAGUCCAGUAUAACUGCGGUUUUACAAUAAAUAUAUACGUACAACAUUCGAAUCUCUAGUUUUUUUAUGUUUAUUUGAUUAUGUUUUGUUACCAUAAACCUUUUCGAAUAAGGUUGUGAAACUCGAAACAGGAAUUGUAUGUAAUCUAAUAUUUGCAUAUAAAGUGUGUAUUUUUGGUCAAAUCAAAUAUACUAGGAUUAAGGUUGAGCUGCAAAUUUCAGGUAUUUUUGAUAAAAUGAGAGGUGUUAGAUAUAUAGAAAUAUGAAAUUUGCAGAGGUGUACAGAAUGUUAUAUUUGUUUUUUUUUUGCGUUAAAACCUACUAACAUGUAUUUAGUCUUUUUUAAUGUCAUUAAUUUAAAUAUAUUUUAUUUUGUUGUUUUUAUUUGUGUUGUAAAAUCAAAUAAAUCUAAAAUCAAUGUG